CUGAAGAAGGUCUUAAGUAGUCUUAAGUAAGUCUUUUAGUUUCUGCUUGCUGCCACUGCUAUGUUGCCAACCACACUCACUCCUGGCAGACCAUCAUGUCGGCAGUUGCCGGUCAAAGUUUCAGUGGGCAGCAGUAACAUUCAUCGCGCAGAUGCCUUGGCUGCUGGAGGGCAAGGAGGCUACCACUGUCCUUAUACAUUCUUAUGCCUAUUAGGUGCAUUUUCCAUGGCAAGAUGCAGCCGCUUGGGUCGCUUUGCAGCGAGCAAGGGCCACGAUGAGCAACAGAAAGCUUUAGUGGUGGGUGCUGGGCCAUCAGGACUUGCUGUAUCUUUGAUGUUAGCCAAGCGCGGCUGGAAUGUUUCAGUGUUCGAGCGCACGAGCGACCCAGCAGCUUACGACCCAGGUAAAGGCUUUAUGUACUUAAUUGAUGGCCGAGGACAAAAGUGCUUGCGCGAUCUCAGUCCCAAGUUGUUCGAGCGACUUGUAGACUCUGCGGUGGCCAUGGCAGAUGCCAAGAUUGGAGUUUUGACGCCCAAAGGUUUGACCGAACGGGUGAACCCUAUCAAGGAUGCAGAUCGCAAAUCCUACUGGAUACCCAGACAUGCGUUCGUCGGUUUCUUGCUGGAUGAAGCGAGGAAGAUGGAGAACAUCAAUCUUUAUUUAGAAGCAGACAUUCAGAACAUGGCCAGUGAUGCCAGUGGAUUUCACAUUGACGUAGGGUUUGCUGGCAGCUCGGAAGUGACGGCCCAUCAAGCCUCCUUGUUGGUUGGUGCAGAUGGAUAUCGUUCGGCUGUCAGAGACAAGCUAGAAGAAUGGGACGGCAAGAAAGGGAGAUAUAGAGUCAAGACAUUUUCAUCACCUUCAGCUGGGCUCCGUUACAAAGUUCUAACACUGCCUGGCGCAUUUGAGCUUGAAACGCCUGAAGGAAAGAAAACCUUUUUGAGUGAAGGAUUCUAUGCAAUCAGAGGUGUCUCCAAGAACAAGUGCAAACAAAAGCUUGGCUUGAUUCCCGUCUCCAAGGAAUUUGGAACAAGAACUGCAAACCUCAUCACCUACGAAGAUGAUGCCGUGUGGGAAGCAGAUACUGCAGAGAGCUUUACGGCAUAUGCUUCAGACCAGUGGCCCCACUUCCCGCUCAAAUCCUUGGUGUCAGACGAAGAAAUUCUACGUUUUGCAAAAAAUCGUGGAGGUCGCUUUCCCAGCCCACAGUAUUGCCCCAGUGCUGCGUGGACCGGAGAAAGUGGAGCUGCGAUCUUGCUGGGUGAUGCGCUGCACUCGCUGCCGCCCGACAUUGGUCAAGGUGUGAAUAGUGCUCUCGAGGACGUCACAGUCUUGGAGGCAUGUUUCGCCUCAACUGACCGUGACGGCAAUGCCAGCGAUGCGGUGAGAGAGUUUGAGACACGGAGGAUGCCAGACGUUGAAGCGCUCAUCAAGAUCGUUCGUGUGGCUGCACCCUUCCAAUACAGCCAGGCCCCUUGGCGAGGCCGCCUUUGGAAUGUGUCUUUUCUUUGCAGACUUUUGCUGAACAAAGCGUUGCCUGCAGUCUUUGAUUUGCCACUUUUCCUCCUGAUUCAACGUUCUGAGAUGAGCUACAGGGAGGUGUGGAAGAAAGGAGGCCGUGGAGCUCAAAGGGCAACGAUGCUUGGCAUUCUUGCAGUAGGUGCAAUUAUUUGGAAGAUCACUUAGCCGGCUGUUGGAUCUCUGAGACAAAAACGAUCAAGAAAGACGUGUGCUG